AUGGACGCUUUGCAGGCCCUGUUUGACUGGUCGUACAAGGUGGAGCCACAGCUGGCUGAGGACCAACCUGUGCAUGGGGAUCUUGUCCUCGUUAUGAACCUCAUGGAUGCCCAUAAGCCGCUGGGCGCCAAGGCAAUUGUGCACAGAGCUCCUCGGUUCGGUAGCAGGCGGGAAGCAGGUGCGCGUCGCCAGCGCGCGCUGGGCCAGCGCCGGGUUCCGCUGGGCGCACGGCGAGGGAUUGCAGUGAAGGCGUCGGGGGGCUGCCCGAAGCUCGCGGGAGCCAGGGGGUGGGCGCGCCGGGAGGCGCUGACUGAAAGGAGUCGGAGGGAGAAGCCCGAGACAGCGCACGCCAGGGAGCCGCGGGGCGGGACCGCCAGGUCGCCCGAUGGCCCCGCCGAAACUCGGAAUCCCGGGCCGGAGGAGGGCACUGAAGGCCACCCUCCCGCGGCAGCGCCAGCUGUGCUUUCUCCCGAAGGCGUAGCGACGCUGGGCUCCCGGAGCGGAGGUCGCCGCGCGGCGCACGACCAGCAGCUCGGUGAAGACGCCCUGACGCCCCAGGCACCUGGGCGGCGGACCCCUUACCCUACCCGCCCCUCAUUCACUCGCGGGGCGGGCCUGGGGAAUCCACGAGCGCCGGUUCCGAAAGAUUCGCUCCGCCCCCUUGCCCCUAUUGGUCCUGCCCGGGGAGGGGCGGGACCUCACGGGCCCGCGCGGGACCGAAAGGCGCCGACGCCGCAGACGGCGGCCGAGCUGAGGCAGUGGCUUGUGGGCUCACCUCCGCCGGAGUGCCCCGCUGAGCCGGGCCUCGGCAGCAGCCAGACCGGCGGCCACAGUGGGGACAGACAGGUUAGCCGACAGUCCCGGAUCACUGAGGUAGCCCCUCAGCGGUGGCGCCGCGUCCACACGGCCUGGAGCUGGGACAAGUUCCGCGCGUGGAGGCGCUCUGGGAGGUUCACUUCGGCCCCAGGUCCCCGGCCCCGCGCGCCGCCCGCCGCCGCCCGGCUGCCCGCCUCCGCGCCGCUCUUCAUGCUGGACCUCUAUCAUGCCAUGGCAGGUGACGACGACAGCGGGCGCCCGGAGCGGGGCCUUGGCCGCGCCGACCUGGUCAUGAGCUUCGUCAACAUGGUGGAGCGCGACCACACCCUGGCCCACCAGGAGCCCUACUGGAAGGAGUUCUGGUUUGACCUGACCCAGAUCCCGGCAGGGGAGGCAGUCAUGGCUGCUGAGUUCCGGAUUUAUAAGGUGCCAAGCACCCACCAGGUCAACAGGACCCUCCACGUCAGCAUGUUGGAGGUGGUCAAGGAGCAGUCCAACAGGGAGUCUGACUUGUUCUUUUUGGAUCUUCAGACGCUCCGAGCUGGGAACGAGGGCUGGCUGGUGUUGGACGUCACAGCAGCCAGUGACCGCUGGUUGUUGAACCAUAACAAGGACCUCGGACUCCGCCUCUGUGUGGAAACAGAGGAUGGACACAGCGUGGACCCUGGCCUGGCCGGUCUGCUGGGACACCGAGCGCCACGCCCCAAACAGCCCUUCGUGGUCACUUUCUUCAGGGCGAGCCCGAGUCCCGUCCGAGCCCCGCGGGCAGUGAGGCCACUAAAGAGGAGGCUGCUGAAGAAAACCAAUGAGCUGCCACAGCCACACAGGCUCCCGAGCAUCUUCGAUGAUGUCCACGGCUCCGUCGGGCGGCAGGUGUGCCAGCGGCACGAGCUCUACGUCAGCUUCCAGGACCUCGGCUGGCUGGAUUGGGUCAUCGCCCCGCAAGGCUACUCGGCCUAUUAUUGUGAGGGGGAGUGCUCCUUCCCACUGGACUCCUGCAUGAAUGCCACCAACCACGCCAUCCUGCAGUCCCUGGUGCACCUGAUGAAGCCUGACGCUGUCCCCAAGGCAUGCUGCGCGCCCACCAAGCUGAGCGCCACCUCCGUGCUCUACUACGACAGCAGCAACAAUGUCAUCCUGCGCAAGCACCGCAACAUGGUGGUCAAGGCCUGUGGCUGCCACUGAAGGCGCGCCCGCCUGGGCCUGCUGCAGCC